AUGCUGCUACGGUCGGUAUCGCCGCUGCUGCUGCUACAGCCACCGCUGCUGCUUCGGUCGGUAUCGCCGCUGCUGGCGCCGUUGCCGACCGUCCUGCCGCCGCUGGAUCUCACCGCCGAAGCUGCCGCCAAGGCCCUCUAUGCUGCCGCUCUUGAUGCCGUCACUGACACGGCUGGCACCAUCGACGACGGUGCCUCUUUGGGUCGUGUGUCUGACGCCAAGCGCGCCCGUGAUCUCGCCAUCCUUGCCACGGUUGCUGCGGAACACAACUUCGCCGCUACUGCCGAGACGGACUCGGCCGAGGCCACGGUCGCUUCCUCGUCGACCGCUGCUGCGACGGUCACGGCGGCCGCCCGGGAUGCGGCCGACCUUCGUGCUUUCGUCGAAACUGGCCGCCUCGCCUCGACGCGCGCUGAGCCUGCCUCUUCUUCUGGUGCGGCUUCUCGCUCGACGGACACCUCGUACGACGCGGACUUCCCGGCGACGCUUGGCGGCUCCGCGCCGACGUCGGCCGCUGGUGGUGUGUACGCCGCGCGCGCCGCUGACCGUGCUGCUGCCUCGCGUCGCGACGCCGCUGCUUCUGGCGCCGGUGCACAGCGCAACCCCGUGCUGGUCUCGACCCGGUUCGCCCUCUCGGGCUCGGACGAAGCUGCUGUGAUGGCCAUUCAUCGCGUGCGCCCGCUGACGUACGCAGAAACGCGCCCGUAUACCAAGCACAGCACGCAGCCAAUCGUCGCGAAGCUCUCCAUUCAUUGGCCCGAUCACUCGACUACGAUUUCGGACAAGGACCUAAUCGACUCGCUCUUUUCCGAGAACCAAUCGCUGGGCUUGGCGCGCGAUCUUGCGAACAUUACCAAGGUCGAGCGGCACCUCAGCGCCUCCCAGUCGGUCAUCAAGCUCGGCGUUACCUGCCUCGAGUCGGCGCGCCGUCUCACGGGUGCCGAGAUUACGCUCAAGGUCCGGCUCGCGGCUGCCAGCAACAGUCCCAACCAGCGCCGUACGACGUCGCUGCGCAAGUUCAUCCUCCAUGCGCCAUCGCAGCUCGCCGACUUUGGUAUGGAGGUCCCGGGCCUCUGCCUUUCCGAAGCCGACGAGGCGAAGCUCCAUGACACGCUCGCGCACUGCGAGCGGCGGUUUGUCAUGUUUAGCUACGCGACGGUCCUCGGGUCGGUUGGCACGUCCAGCGACCGUGCUCUCUUUGUGUUUUCGGGCCCGUCGGUGCCCACGCUCUUCAAGGACGCGGACGGCCAGUUGGUCGGCACGCUCGUGUUCAAGGGCCGUCGUUAUGCCAUGUUUCCCACGGUGGACGUCGGUCCUCGCGCGCGCGACUCCACCCUCAACAUCGACGUCCUCGCCGGCCAGCGCCUGCGAGAGCUUAACGCUGCUGCUGUCGAGCGCAGCGCUGCUGAUUCACGUGCCGCGGUGGGCGCGCGCCUUGCCGGCGGCGCGGCCGUGGCUGGCGCCGCCUCGUCGUCUCGUGAGACGACGACGGGGGCCACUGCGGCGCGGGCCUCGACUCGUUCGGCUACUGUCGCUGCCGCUCGUCAGGAGGCACCUGCCGCUGAGUUUGUUACCAAGAAGUCCAAGGCGGCGCAACGCGCCGAGAAGAAGAAGUCUCGUGACGCCUCGCCCGCCCGUGCCCAGAAGCUCCAAAAAUCGGUGACGGGUACACCGGUCACCACGGUCAACCCGUUUGAGGUGCUCCGAGAACGCUGGGCGGUCAACACCGUCUUCACCGAAGCGUACAAGACGGCGUCGGGUGCUUCCGUCCCGACCAACGUCCGUCUCUCGGUCGUCCCACUCGCCGAUUUCCCGAUCCGCGACACGACGGAUCUCGUCAUCUCGACGGCCAAGGUUGACGCACUUGUCCCAAAGGUCACGUCGGUACCCCUCGAUGCUCUUCUUGCCGAGUUUGCCGCGGCUGACGCGAAGCUUGCCGAGGAACGGGCGCGUAGCGUCGUGGUGCUGGAGAGCUCCACGACGUUGCCCGUCGCCGAGUUCCGCACAUGCAUCCAGUCGUCCAAGAUCGAAACCAUCUGCAGCCACCUCGUGACUCAACCCCUCCGCUGCGCCACGACUCUUCGCCGGAUCCAUGACCUCCACCCCAGCGAGUUUGUCCACCUUGUCCGUAUGUGGGUCCUGCACCGUAUGGCUGCGGCGGCACACGGCGGCGGCCCGGGCUUCGUGAACGCUUUCACGGCGAUCCUUGAGGGCGUCCAGGCCAAGUGGGACGCGCUGGAGGCCAUGUUUGCUGCCGAAUCGUUCACUGAGCGUACGACGACGCGCACGUACAGUGAUGACGCGGGCAUGGAGCACCCGUUCUCUGCGAUCCAGCUCGAGAUGACGGCCGCGGUGACCGAGCUGCUCCUCAUGACCCACGCUCCCGAGUUCUUCUCCUCGGAUGCGGCUAUUAUGGCACUGCUUGGCACGGGUCUCGGCGCGAUCGCCACGGUGCACAGUACGCGCCUCCUCUCGACCGCGACUUUGAUGGCGCUGCUGCAUACCACGACGCUUGGGGCGCAUCUGCGCACCAUUGCGAUGCGGUGGUUUGACGACGCGUCCCUCUUUCGCCGCGCGUUUGUGCACGCCAAGGGCUUGCACGAUGCGUCGGACCUCGUCUUGUCGGACCGGAAGCAGACGAUGCUCGACCUCAACGACGUCUUCUUGAUUGAAGCCGACCUCUACGCCGAGGGCGACGUCAUGGGGGGGCCGGGUGACGGCAGUCACCUCUCUGUCACCACCAUCAAUCUCAACACCCUGCGCGACAACGGACAUGGCGUCGCCAAGGAGCUCCGCACCCCGACCCCGUGCUUCCUCAUGCAAGAGACUCGUCUCUCGCACGCGCAGCAGCUCGACACGUUCGAGUACCACCUCGAGAAUGAAGUGGGCCUCCUCAAGUCGAAAUUAUUUAUCUCGGACCACCGUAUGCAUGCUCUGGUACCGUCCCAAUCGCGCAGCAGCGGCGUUGCCAGCUACUUUCACGAGUCGUGGCCGGGCUACGACGGGCUUCGCCACCUCGCGGAUCUCGAUGUCCCGGGCCGGUACCUGGUUGUCCGCACCGAGUGGGACGGUCGGCCGGUAGCGCGGCGCGUUUUACCGCCAGCUGCCGCGCGACUUUGA